UUUAUUGGACAAAUGAAAGGGAAGGUCCAAGCAUCGUUGGUUUCCACCUGAAUCCGAUAUUUCUGCCGCUGAUCGUGUAAAGAGACAAAAUCAUGGCCUCCUGCGGCGUCCCCCAGACACCCUCGACAGUCACCAGCGAGAAAGUGCACAAGACCUUCUGCAUAAGUGCUGACGAAAAGCUGGACUUCUACGAGAAAUGGGCCGAAAGUUAUGACCAGGACGUCCAAAAUUCUGGCUACGAGGCGCCUCGACUAUGCGCCGAGGCUAUUGGUGAAGUUUUGAUGGACAAAAGUGUCCCCGUUAUCGACUGUGCUGCAGGCACCGGCAUCGUGGGUGAAGAGCUGGCUAAAGUUGGCUUCGUUACAAUCGAUGCCGUGGACUACUCCCAACGUAGUUUGGACAUCAGUGCUUCGAAAGGAGUCUACAAACGGCUUAUCUGCAGCAAAAUCGACAGCAACAAGAUCCAAGACAUCGCAGACGGUGCUUAUGGUGGUCUCAUCUGCGUUGGCGCACUUUUGUUGAACGACAUCACUCACGAGGCGUUUCCCGAAUGGAACAGAAUCGUCAAAAAGGGCGGGUUCAUGGUGUUUACUCUAAGCAAGAUAGAGUACGACGAUGAUCUCCCCAAUCACAGGGUGAUCAUUGGGGAUGGCAUCCAAAAACUCAUUGACAACAACAUCUGGGAGUUGGUGAACAAGACCACCAUACCUUACCACAGUGGAUAUCUGGCCGACAUGUUCACAAUUCGCCUCCUUUAAAAAAGCAAUUGUAGUUGUAAUAAGCUCACGUUGUUUUUCUCCCAGCCCGAGGCAGACAAAAAAAACUCGACUGGGU